AUGGCGGAGGCGCCUCCUGUCUCAGGUGUUUUUAAGUUCAAUACGGAUGCUGCUGAGUUCAUUCCUCAGGAGAGAAAAAAUUCUGGUCUGUUCUGUGGGAGUCAAAGGAGACUAGAUUCUCAUAGAAUUGGUAGAAGAAAUUACAGUUCACCGCCUCCCUGUCACCUUUCCAGGCAAAUCUCUUAUGAUGACAUCUCUGCUGUUCAUCAGCACAGUUUUCAUCCUUCAGGAAGCAAACCUAAGAGUCAGCAGACUUCUUUCCAGCCCUCUGUUUCUAACAAAUCUCUCAAGAACCAUGGCCUUCAGAAUCAACCUUGGCAGAAACUGAGGAGUGAAAAGCAGCCUGUCAGAGUCAAGAGAGCACAGGGCCUCCCUGCCCAGACCUCAGAUGCACCUGGCCUGGAAAGCGUGGCCAGGUCAGAGAGUGGGGCGAACCGCAGAGAGCAUAGCCCUGCCGAGAGUGAGAAGGAAAUCGUCGGUGCAGAUCCAAGGGGAGCAAAACCCAAGAAAGCAGCCCAGUUUAUAUACAGCUAUGGGAGAGGACCAAAAGUCAAGGGGAAACUCAAAAGUGAGUGGGGUCACAGAAUGACUCCCAAACCUGAGGAGGCAGGACCUGAAACCAGCAAACCAGCAGGGGUUAUCCACCCUGACUCUUCAGAUACUUCCUCUAGAAAAGUAGUAGCGGAUGGGGCCAGGCGCGGCGAGCAGAGAAGACACCCACAGAAAAGGUCUCCCUGGGAAGUGGAGGGAGCCAGGCCACGACCAGGCAGGAAUCCACCAAAACAGGAGGGCCAACGACAUACAAGCGCAGGGGCCAGAAGCAACAUGGCCUCCAUUCCAAAGGAUGAUCUUAAUGAAAGGCCAGCAAAAUCCGCCUGUGACAGUGGGAACGUGGCAGUCGUCAGCAGGUCUUCUAGAAGGGCUGACCCAGAGAAGUGUGCUGUAAGGAGGCAGGAUCCUCAGGUAGCAUCUUUCCCCCGAGGCAAACAGAACCACAUGCUAAAGAAUGUGGAAACACACACAGGUUCUCUGAUUGAACAGCUCACCACAGAAAAAUACGAGUGCAUGGUGUGCUGUGAGUUGGUUCGUGUCACAGCCCCGGUGUGGAGUUGUCAGAGCUGUUACCAUGUGUUUCACUUGAACUGCAUAAAGAAAUGGGCCAGGUCUCCAGCAUCUCAAGCAGAUGGCCAGAGUGGUUGGAGGUGCCCUGCAUGUCAGAAUGUUUCUGCACAUGUUCCUAAUACCUACACUUGUUUCUGUGGCAAGGUAAGGAAUCCCGAAUGGAGCAGAAAUGAAAUCCCACAUAGCUGUGGUGAGGUCUGCAGAAAGAAGCAGCCUGGCCAGGACUGCCCACAUUCCUGCAACCUUCUGUGCCAUCCAGGACCUUGCCCACCCUGCCCUGCCUUUAUGACUAAAACUUGUGAAUGUGGACGGACCAGGCACACAGUUCGCUGCGGUCAGGCGGUCUCAGUUCACUGUUCUAACCCUUGUGACAGUAUUUUGAAUUGUGGUCAGCACCACUGUGCUGAGCUGUGCCAUGGGGGUCCCUGCCAACCUUGUCGGGUCAUAUUGAACCAGGUAUGCUACUGUGGCAGCACCUCCCGAGAUGUGUUAUGUGGAACAGACAUGGGAAAGUCUGAUGGAUUUGGGGACUUUGGCUGUUUAAAGAUAUGUGGCAAGGACUUGAAAUGUGGGAACCACACUUGUUCUCAGGUGUGCCACCCUCAGCCCUGCCCGCCGUGCCCACGGCUUCCCCCGCUUGUGCGCUAUUGCCCUUGUGGGCAAACUCCUCUCAGCCAGUUGCUGGAACUUGGAAGCAGUGGUCGGAAGACAUGCAUGGAUCCUGUGCCUUCAUGUGGAAAAGUGUGCGGCAAGCCUCUGCCUUGUGGUUCCCUAGAUUUCAUUCAUACCUGUGAAAAGCUCUGUCAUGAAGGAGACUGUGGACCAUGCUCUCGCACAUCAGUUAUUUCCUGCAGAUGCUCUUUCAGAACAAAGGAGUUCCCAUGUACCAGUCUCAAAAGUGAAGCAGAUGCUACAUUUAUGUGCGACAAGAGGUGUAACAAGAAACGGUUAUGUGGACGGCAUAAAUGUAAUGAGAUAUGCUGUGUGGAUAAGGAGCACAAGUGUCCUUUGAUUUGUGGGAGGAAACUCCGCUGUGGCCUUCAUAGAUGUGAAGAACCUUGUCAUCGUGGAAACUGCCAGACGUGCUGGCAAGCUAGUUUUGAUGAAUUAACCUGCCACUGUGGUGCAUCAGUGAUCUACCCGCCAGUUCCCUGUGGCACCAGGCCCCCUGAGUGUACCCAGACCUGUGCCAGAGUCCAUGAAUGUGACCAUCCAGUGUACCAUUCUUGUCAUAGUGAGGACAAGUGUCCUCCUUGUACUUUCCUCACGCAGAAGUGGUGCAUGGGCAAACAUGAGUUACGAAGCAACAUUCCCUGUCACCUGGUGGAUAUCUCUUGUGGACUGCCCUGCGGCGCCACGCUGCCGUGUGGGAUGCACAGGUGUCAGAGGCUCUGUCACAAAGGAGAAUGUCUGGGCGACGAGGUCUGCAAGCAGCCCUGCACCGCCUCCAGAGCCGACUGUGGCCACCCGUGCAUGGCGCCCUGCCACCUCAGCUUGCCCUGCCCAGUGACCGCCUGCAAGGCCAAGAUAGAGCUGCAGUGUGAGUGUGGACGAAGAAAGGAAAUCAUGGUUUGCUCAGAAGCAUCCAGUACUUAUCAAAGAAUAGCUGCUAUUUCCAUGGCCUCCAAAAUAACAGACAUGCAGCUUGGAGAUUCAGUGGAGAUCAGCAAGUUGAUUACUAAGAAGGAAAUUCACCAAGCCAGGCUGGAGUGUGAUGAGGAAUGUUCAGCCUUGGAAAGGAAAAAGAGGUUAGCAGAGGCAUUUCAUAUCAGUGAUGAUUCUGAUCCUUUCAACGUACGUUCUUCAGGGUCAAAAUUCAGUGACAGUUUGAAGGAAGAUGCUAGGAAAGACUUAAAGUUUGUCAGCGAUAUUGAGAAGGAAAUGGAAGCCCUCGUGGAGGCCGUGAAUAAGGGGAAAAUUAGUAAGAAGAGCCACUGCUUCCCUCCCAUGAACAGAGACCACCGCCGGAUCAUCCACGACCUGGCCCAGGUGUACGGCCUGGAGAGCGUGAGCUAUGACAGUGAGCCGAAGCGCAAUGUGGUGGUCACUGCGGUCAGAGGGAAGUCCAUUUGUCCUCCUACCACACUGACAGGUGUACUCGAAAAGGAGAAUCAGUCACGGCCUCCGCCACCGAUCGCCCAUCACAGGCAGACAGACAAGAAUCCUGGGAGCAGCAAUUUACAGAAGAUAGCGAAGGAGCCAGUAAUUGACUACUUUGAUGUCCAGGACUGA